AACCUGGAUAAACGAAGGUGGAGGCGAGUCAUAGCUGGCGCUGGCGCUGGCACCUGACCUGGUGGUGAACGUUCGCGUCAAUUAACGUAAAGAAGAAACGUCAAGCGGAUUUGCACGCGUCGACGAGGAACGACGCGUGUUCGGUCGGAUUCUCAGGUCUUCAAUCGUGAUUCCGAAGGCGACUUUCCCGUUUCAGGACCGACUCCAGGGUAAGGGGAGUCGUCGGGUACAUUUUCGAGUAUGCGAUGCCUGCGCGCAGACGACGCGGUUGCUCGGAAUCGUACAACGAUCCCCUGAUCCUGAACCUGAUUAGCGGCUGUGACGGCUACAAGUUAGGUUACGAUGAUCACGAAUUGGGGCUAGAGGACCACCAGGAACCCUACCAAGAAGACGUUUCGUUUGGGACGAAUUCCCCUCCGGCAGCGACCAUGACGUCCAGGGAUCGGACCAACGAAUUCGUCAAUGCCAUCCGCGUUAUGCGGGGCAGGAUAUCCAGCAACCCAAAGAACCUCUCCGACACUCGUCAGGCUCGACGGUUUCAGAGUUACUCCAACUUCAUGAUGAUCGCUAAGAACAUCGGCAAGAACAUUGCCAGCACGUACACCAAGCUGGAGAAACUCGCAUUAUUGGCAAAGAAAAAAUCGAUAUUUAAUGACAGACAAGUGGAAAUAGAUGAACUGACCAAUAUUAUAAAGACAGAUUUAAGUAGUUUAAAUCAACAAAUAGCAAAACUGCAGGAAAUGAGUAAAAACCAGCGAGAUGGUUCGAGUUCCUCGCAGAUACGACACAUUGCCUCUCAUUCUUCUUCGGUAGUCGUGACGUUACAAUCGAAACUGGCAAACAUGUCGAAUCAUUUUAAGAACGUCUUGGAAGUACGAUCCGAGAACAUGCGAGAAGAACAGAAUCGACGAGACCAAUUUACACAAGGAUCUGUAACUGCAUUGGUACCAUCGACAGUAGUCUCUCGUACUCAAAACAUGCUACUUUUACAAGAACAAGAUGCAUCGCCUUCUGUUAGUAUAGAUCUCGAAACAGCUUCGGGUCAGCAACUUACAAUGCAUAGGCCUAUGUAUGACGAUACGGAUGCCUAUGUAAGAUCAAGGGCAGAAACCAUGCAAAAUAUUGAAUCGACCAUAGUUGAGCUGGGCGGUAUCUUUCAGCAACUAGCACAUAUGGUUAAAGAACAGGAAGAGAUGGUUGAAAGGAUAGAUAGCAAUAUCGAGCAUACCGAAAUGAACGUGGAAGCAGCGCAUUCGGAAAUUUUGAAAUACUUUCAGUCUGUGACAAAUAAUCGGUGGUUGAUGAUUAAAAUAUUCGCAGUUCUCAUAUUUUUCUUCAUAUUCUUUGUAGUAUUUUUGGCAUAGGAUAAACACCACGCGUAGCAAUAAUUAUUAUUGUAUAAUUUUGUAUAGAGCAAUAGUUUGUAAAAGACGGGUAACUAUCAACGGUCGUUGAAUUCAAGGCAUUUUCAUUUUUCUUAAACCGAUUUCAAACUGGGGAAAGGUCAGAUCCUUAACAAACAUAUACCACAAUGUGCUCGAUACAAUGUCUACAACCAGAUGAACAUUUCCAAUGAUUUUGCAAGUUAAAAGUGUCACUUGUACAUUGUACUGUAUAUCUUAACAUUAAAUUAAAUGCGUCGAAUCAGCUCGGAUAAUAAAUGUGUACUUUUCAAGAUAA